UGAAUGGCUUCAUCUUCAUUAUCAUCCUACUCACCAUGUGCAGCAUGUAAAUUCCUUCGUCGUAAAUGCCAACCAGAAUGUGUAUUUGCACCUUACUUCCCUCCUGAUCAGCCCCAGAAAUUUGCAAAUGUUCACAAAAUAUUUGGAGCCAGCAAUGUGACAAAGUUACUAAAUGAGUUGCAGCCUCACCAAAGGGAAGACGCUGUCAACUCUCUUGCUUAUGAGGCAGACAUGCGCCUCCGAGAUCCAGUCUAUGGUUGCGUUGGUGUCAUCUCUCUUCUCCAACACCAGCUCCGACAGCUUCAGCUAGACCUUAGCUGUGCAAAGUCCGAACUGUCAAAGUAUCAAAAUGUAGGAGGCAUUGCUAGUACCACUAGUCAUUUGGGAUUCAAUUUGAUAGGAGGAGGAGGUGGUGGUGGGAGAGAUCAUAACCAACUCUUGUAUCACCAUCAGGUUUUUCCUAGAGAUCAGCAACAACAACAACAACAGCAGCAGCAACAACAUAUAAUCCGCGGACUUGAUGGAGGAAGUAACAAUUUUGAUACAACUAGAGGUGGAUUUAAACUUUAAUUUUGAUUGUUUCAACUCAUGAUUCAAUUCCCUGCAUAAAAUUAUGAUUUUAAUAUUUAUCAAAAUUGUAGUAAUUAAUUUUUCAACUAGCAACCCCUUUUAUAGGGCAGCAUACAACAUGAUGAAGAUCAACAUUUCUAAAUAAUAUAAUAUGUAAUC